AUGUCAUAUCAACGUCCAUACUCAUCCCCCUACACACCCUCGCCCUCACCCCCUCACCUCUCUACCAUCCUGAACCUCUACCCCGAUGCCGAACCCUACUGCGCCGGCUACGCCCCAUCACAAGGCCGACGAUGCCACAUGCGCACGAACGCCCGCGGCCGAUCGCUGGCCCUCUCACUGCUCAACGAAGCCACGAAGGAUAUCCGGGCGGGAUAUAUCCCAGACGAAGAUCUGCUCUUUACCCUCGCGCACGCAACGCUCUGCACGCGCUUCCAUCAGAAUCAAGCACCCACUCUUGUAGCGCGCUGGAAGGGCGCUAUCGAGUGCUUCUUCGAUAAGCAGGGUGCACCUCCAGCUACAGAGUAUGAUGCGGGAGGCCAACAGUGGUUCGAGGACUGCAUAUCCGGCCGCCGUAAAAUGGACUCGCUCGACGAACUGGAGAGUUUCACGCGUGCUCUCCUUUACCCGGAUUUCGCACCGACGCCUACCACCAGACGCUCGGGCGGCGCGUCAGGAGUAUCAGUCUCUCGGAGGAUACCUGCACCAGCGCGAUUUGGAUUGCAACCAACUGCGCGUCGGACAUCAGCGUCUCGUGCCCAGACUGAGUCUGGAAAUAGCCUCGUUCGCGAAACGGGGGCUCCUCCGGCUCCAACCCAACGUAGGGCUAUCAGCAAUCACUUCGAGAUCGGCUGCCCAGGAUACAAGGACAUCCGCUCAAGCGCAAGCACGGGACACAGCCUCCGUCGUGAGAAGAACUGGACAGAGCCUCUCUCCCACCAUGGCACCUGGGACACCUUUAGUGUCCACGCCUCUCUCAAGCAGUAUAUCAGUCAGAGCCCCUUCACCAACGAGCCCGACGAGCCCGACGAGCCCGACGACCACGACAACAACUACUACGACAACCACUACCACCACGACGACGACAACGACGACAACGACGACGACGACAAUAACGACCCCGAUUCAAUCAAGUGCCUCUGCACAAUCGCAUCCCCAUUCGCCGUCUAUCCCUACCUCCUCACCCGGGACUCAAAGAGUACCCCCAGCUUCUGCUCCUGCUCCUGCUCCCGCUCCUGCUUCCACCUCGGCUACUAUUACUACUAUCAGUGGGCAGACACCCCCGUCCGUCCCCAACUCAGAAGCGACUUCCACCGCUCAUCAGAGGACACCAGGGCCCUCUACCCGUCCCAGACGGCGCCCGGUCGAGGGUGA